AUGGCCAAUCUGCCACCAGCCACGAUCAUCGAUGAGCUGCACUUCAAAUGUGUCCGCUCAGCCAGCCAACGCGGAAAGGUGCUCUAUGGGGAGGGUGAACAGACCAGACCGUCAACACCGCCCACUGCUGCAACCCAACCUGCAACCAGCCAUCAACGUCGUCUCUCCUUCGCCCCGCCUGCUCUUCUGGAGGCACGACAACAGCAA